AUGGCACGCUUCACUUCUACCUUUGCCUUGGCUUUGGCAGCCUUUGCCGGCGUAGCUACUGCGCAUAACAAUAAUGGCGGUCGUGCUACCAUUCGUGUUCGACCAACGCAAUGCAUUCAGCAAGCUCUCAGGACAGCUCCUGCCGGCUCAAAAGUAAUAGUCGAUGAAGGGACAUACUAUGAGCAACUAGAGAUUACAACGGAUGGUAUCGAACUUGUCGCACGUAACUCAAAUGUCAAGCUCAUUGCUCCUCAAACCUAUAAAUCAAAUUUCUGCUCCGGUCUUGCCGGCCCCAAUACCGAGGCCGGAAUCUGCAUCCAUGGCUCUGGUGUCGACUUGGCGGCAUACCAAACGGGUCAAGAGCACCGAGAAUUCAACGGAGUUCAGAGACGCGUCAAAGGAGUCUCCGUCACGGGAUUUGAAAUCAAGAACUUCAGCGGCUUGAAUAUCGCCAUUGUGGCAGGCGAAGAUACCCAAAUCUCGAGGAACAAACUGGUGAACGGACAGAAAUACGGGUCGCUUUCCGUCGGCUCGAUCAACACAAAGGCGUCACGCAACAUAGUCUCCUCGACUGAUCCCAAGCUGCUCUUCAUCGGCAUGUGUGUGGACGAUACGCGAAACCCCAGAGUUUCUGACAACAACGUCUCGGGAUACAGCACGGGACUCUGUGUUCAAACUAACGGUGCUCAGAUCCGCAACAAUGAUGUAUCUGGAUGCUGUAGCGCCAUAUUUGUCGACCCUGCAAUCGUUGGAGCUGAGGUCCGGGGCAAUCACAUUGGAAAGAAUGAUCCUCGGUGCUUCGACCCCAAGCUCGGCGGUCCUACACCUGGUGCAGCCUUUGGCAUCUUCGUGUUCGGCGCCAAUGACACGAUUAUACGAGACAAUUUCGUCACUGGGCAGACGAAGCAGGGUGCUGCCCACCCAGAUGAAGUCUUUGCCACGGGUAUUGUGGUCACUGAUUUCGUGUUCCAAACAUUUCCCCGUAUACCUGCGAGCGGAAACACCAUCAAGCGCAAUACGGUCACUGGCAACGAGUUCGACAUCUUUGUUGAUGCUACUGGUCCAGGCAACGUUGCCAAGAAUAAUGUGUGUAAUGGUGCUGUCCCAGCCGAUGCUUGCACUCCACCAUAA